UAAUAUGAUUAGUUUAAUUAAGAGAAUCUUGAUCCAAGUUCUUGAGUGGAGUUGGUCUAACAUCCCCCGAUAAACUUGCCCUCAAAUUGGUAUAAUAAGCACAUGAUUUUACUAUAUAGUUCUGAAAGCACAAACAUGUUAAAUACACACCACACACUAUCUUUACCAUUACUCUUUUAGACAAGCCACACGUUCAAAUUCUAGAAGUGCAAAACCAACGUCUGGAGAUCAUGCAAAUCGAGCUUGUCUUCAUACCAUCGCCGGGCGUUGGACAUAUCCGAUCAACAACGGCGUUAGUGAAGCUUCUCGUAGACAGCGACGACCGCCUCUCCGUCACUCUCAUCGUCAUCCCUUCACAAUUCUCUGGUCACGCUUCUUCCUCCGCCUACACUAACUCCGAAGACCGUCUCCGCUACUGCCUCCUCCCCACCGUUGAUCAAGAUCCCAACCAAACGUACUUAUCUUACAUCGAGAGCAAGAAACCAUACGUAAGAGCCGCCGUGUCCAAACUUGCCCGGGAGGUCUCGACACGUCCAGACUCGCGGCUCGCUGGGAUUGUAGUGGACAUGUUCUGCAUGUCGAUGUUAGACGUCGCCGACGAGUUUACCCUCCCGACCUAUAUCUUCUACACAUCGAACGCUUCAUAUCUCGGGCUACAGUUCCAUGUUCAAUCUCUUUACGACAAAAAAGAACUUGAUGUAAGUGAGCUGAUGAGAGACUCUAACAUAAAGUUUGACGUUCCAACUCUGACUCGGCCAUUUUUGGCAAAGUGUUUGCCUUCCACUAUGCUAAACAAGAAACUGUUUCCUUUCGCUUUGGGUCGAUAUAGAAGUUAUAGAAAAACGAAGGGUAUAUUGGUGAAUUCAGUGGCUGAGAUGGAACCUCUGGCGUUAGAGUUCUUUUCCGGCGAGAAUACGAAUACUCCUCCGGUCUACGCGGUUGGACCCAUUAUGGACUUCAAAACCAACGGCGACGAUGAGAAGACAAAGGAGAUUCUGAGUUGGUUAAGAGAGCAACCGACUAAAUCUGUAGUGUUCCUCUGCUUCGGGAGCAUGGGAGGUUUCAAUGAAGAACAAACACGAGAAAUAGCCGUGGCGCUAGAGCGGAGCGGGCAUAGGUUCUUGUGGUCGCUCCGUCGGGCUUCUCCGUUGGUGGAAGACAUUAUUAGUUCUCCUCCCGGAGAAUUCACGAACUUGGAGGAGGUUCUUCCAAAAGGUUUCUUGGAUCGGACGGUGGAGAUUGGAAAGAUCAUAAGCUGGGCACCACAAGUAGAUGUGUUGAAGAGUCCUGCGAUAGGAGCGUUCGUAACACAUUGUGGAUGGAACUCGAUUCUUGAGAGUCUAUGGUUCGGUGUUCCGAUGGCGGCGUGGCCUAUCUUUGCGGAACAACAGUUUAACGCGUUUCAUAUGGUGGAGGAGCUUGGUUUAGCGGCGGAUGUGAGGAAAGAGUAUCGGAGAGAUUUUGUGGUAGGGGUGUCAGAGAUUGUGACGGCAGAAGAGAUUGAGAGAGGGAUCAAGUGUGCCAUGGAGGAGGAUAGCAAGAUGAGAAAGAGGGUGAUGGAGAUGAAGGAUAAACUCCACGUGGCGUUGUUGGACGGUGGAUCUUCGAACUGUGCUUUAAAGAAGUUUGUUCAAGACGUGGUCGAAAAUGUUCCAUAGGAACGUGGUCCUAUUAAAAGUCUUUAUGAUGAAAUAAUUGAAGACCACAAAAGUGACAUAAUCUGAAAGUCAAUGUACAAUAAAUUCAGUUUAUGUCCCAUUUAUCUCUUA